AACAAUAUAUUAUAAAUAAAUAUAGCACAAGCUCAGUGUUCAUGUAAUUGUUCUUCUUUCAUUUAAUAAUUAAUAUAUAAUGUACCCAUUUUAUUUCAUUGUUCGAUAGUACUGAUGAUGAUGCCUUCAUCAUCACCGUUAAUCAUGAUGGGAGACUACAUUGGGAUGGAGAGUUGCGUGGACGUUUUGAAAGAAGGAGAUGAGGAAUACCAUGAUUUCCUUGGGUGUAAUAUUAAUAAGGAAGGUGAUGAUGAUGAUGAUGAUGAUGAUGAUGAGCAGCAGCAAAGGAUAAUGGUUUUGAAGAAGAAAAAACUAGUAUUCCCACCUCCAAUUCCACUCCUGGCUCGGACCCAGAAUCUUCCCUGUCGUAUGCCAUGGGUCUUGACACGUCACUACACCUCCGACGGUCGAUUGAUCCUAACAGAGGAGAAGCUCCCUCGUCACGAGUACUUCCGAGCCCACAGAUCCAAUGGCCGUCUAACCUUGCAGUUAGUUCCUCUCGACGAAGACGAUGACGACGUCGUAUUGGCCUCAAAUGAAAAUGAUCAUCAUAUCCCACAAGAGUCCAAUGGUCUUGUGGUGAUGAACAAUGAAGACAAAGAAGAAGAAGAAGAUAAUGGGAUUAAUAUUGCGAUUAACAACGGGAUUGAUAUUGAAAUUGCAGUGGAGGGAUUAAAUCAUGAGAAUAAUACUACUGUAAUUGAUAAUAAUAAUAAUAAGACUGUCUGUUUGAAUUGCAAUAGUAGCCGUCAUAGCGUGAGAGGGUCAUCCUUGUAUCGUAGUAAUGGCAGUGCCUGCAAUUAAAACCGUUCAUAGUUAGACAAUACUAUAAUUGAGGAUUAAUAGGAAUCUCUUUCAUGUGAGUUUAGAGUUUUGAUAUUACAAUUUUUAUUUUAUUAUUAUUUUUUUUUAUCAUUUUAACAUAUAUAUUUAAUAUGUGUAUAUAUACACACCAUAGACCAUUUUAUUAAUCAAUAUUUUUAACUAAUUAUUUUUUAAAAUUAAUUACUAAUUUUGUUAUUUGUUUGAUAUUUU